AUGGAGAGGCAGUUCUUCUGCAGUUACCGACGCGCAACGGAAGCCGGCAUCGCGAUGCACUCAUGUGGCGUUUCUUCCUUCUGGACGACCCUCGCUCCCAAGCUCGGCCAUUAUGACGAAGGCGUGAGACACUCUCUCACAGCACUAGGCGCAGCAUAUCAUUUGUACAAGGUGAGCAAGGAGAGGCCAAACCACAUACCCUCUUCCUCACCUGCAAUCGAGAAGUUGGAGCGAUUUACCUGGCGGGAGUACAAUCUGGCAAUAAAGAAUCUACAGAGACACCUGGAUAACCCUGAAGCGGAAAGCAUCGCAUUGGUGCUUGUUUCGUGCCUGGCUUUUAUUUCACUGGAGCUUCUGCGUGGUGACCAUACCACUGCCAUAGCACAUAUGAGAAACGGAGUGCAAAUCAUCCUGUCGGCCUUGGAUGUGCAAGUCCUCCGCAAGGCGACAUCACGUCAAUGGAAAGCGGGUUCAUCAUUAUCGGAAGCGGAUCUAUGGGAGCUCAUAAUCGAGUUUCGAAACGUCGAAUUCGCACUAGGAGGCUUUGCGUCCGAUGUUCCCCUGGUCUUGGGACAGCAGCUUCGCCAUGUUACAGGGAAUCAUGACUUGGGACCGAUCGACAGUGUUGCCGGGGGCUACGAGGCACGGGUUAAAUAUGUAAACGAUAUCAUGGUUCGCUGCUGGGAGCUUCGCGAGCAUAGAGGCGAUGAGGCAUUCUGGGCGCAACCGCGAAUGCGCCACGAACUGGAGACUCUCCGCCAACGCGGCGCCAACAUCAUGUCCGCUCUAGAGUCACUAUGGGCUGGGCCACAGGCGCCCGAAACUGGGACUUGGCUGUCAUACAGCAGCCAGAUGGACUGGCUCUUGGUGAAUAGCGCCCGAACAAUGAUCCAGCUUGUACCCUUUGGAAUCGAAUCACACGUCAAGAUGGCUCAGCGGCCUUGUUUCCAGGACGAGCUUUCGCAAGGCGUUUCGUUUGCUGCAAAGUUACAUCUGGCACAUGGCUCAAAGGGAAAGCCACCAUCAGACUAUACCCUCGAAACCGGCAUAAUCGCCUUGAUGUACUGGUCUUAUGUGUAUAGCACACGGCCAGAGAUAAAGGAGGCGGCAUUGAGAAUCAUGCAGGAGUCAGACCGGAGAGAAGGCCCAUGGGAUUCCAGCAGUAGCCUGAGAUUUGCGUCUUGCAAUGCGAAUCCGCGUCUUCUUAUUAGCUUUUGGAGAGACCCCCAUUCUAUUACCCAUCCAUCCAUUCCAUGGCAAAUGAGAGUCAAUGAAAAUGCGCUCAAGCCAGGGGUCAAGUGA